AUGUCAAGCUCCCGAGAGUCUCAGCCACUCGAUGCAUCCAAGUUAACUUACGAAUAUACCAAAACCCCCCAACAGGUCCCAGAUGAGGAUACUGCCUUCAGCAGCGAUGAGACUAUCUGCACCGACCAUAUGAUCACGGUUCCCUGGACUGCCAAAUCAGGCUGGUCGACACCAGAACUCAAGCCGUACGGACCGCUCAGUCUAAUGCCCACGGCGUCCUGUCUACACUACGCGCACGAGUGUUUCGAGGGGAUGAAGGUAUACCGGGGGUACGAUGGCCAACUCCGCCUGUUCCGGCCAGAUCGCAACACGAAGCGCCUCCGGAUGUCGGCCGAGCGUAUCGCGCUGCCGGGAUUCAACCCGGACGAGCUCAAACAACUCAUCACUGCAUUGGUGGCUGUCGAUGGCCCGAAAUGGCUGCCUAAAGACCGACCCGGCGCUUUUCUCUACAUCCGACCCACGUUGAUUGGCUCUUACCCCAGCAUCGCCGUCACCCCGCCCAAACAGGCCCUUCUAUACAUUAUCCUCGGGUUUUUAGGGCCGCGAACCGCUCUUGAGGGCGGGAAACGCCUACUCACCUCGCCAGACGACAUGGUCCGGUCGUGGGUGGGAGGGUUUGGCUAUGCCAAAGUCGGCGCGAAUUACGGCCCGUCAGUGCUGGCCAGUCAGGAAGCUGCCCGGCAAGGGUUUCAUCAGAUUCUCUGGUUAUAUGGUGAGCAAGGCCAAUGCACCGAGGCCGGUGCAAGCAACUUCUUUGUUGUUUGGAAGCGAAGAGAUGGCAAAACGGAGCUUAUCACAGCACCGCUGGAUGAUCAAUUGAUUCUAGAGGGCGUUACGCGCCAAAGCUGUCUCGAUCUGGCGAGGGAGCGCCUGAGUGAGGGGAUUGAAAUUACCGAGAAAAGGUUCACGAUCAGUGAUUUACUCGAAGCAGCGGAAGAGAAUCGUCUCUUGGAGGCGUUCUCGGCUGGCACGGCUUGGUUCGUUACUCCCAUCGCAAAGAUCCAUCACCGAGGUAAAGAUAUCAAUGUUCCUAUGGGGGCCGACGGCGGACCUGGUGAGAUUACUGGUAAACUGAGGACGUGGCUCCACGAUAUCAUGUAUGGCCGCACCACGCACGAGUGGGCUACUAUCGUAUCUUAA